AUGGAUACAGCUGAUGGCGUUGACAUCGGUCCCAUCUUUGGGGCAUAUGUCCUUGGCAUCUAUUUCAACAUCCUGCUAUACGGCAUAGUUGUGUCUAGUUACUAUCAUUACGCUCAACAUUCUCAGCAGGAUCGCCUCCUGAUACGCUUAUUCAUACUGUGUCUCUUCGUAGCGGAUACCACGCAGACCGUCUUGUCUGUGGUGUACGUCUACACUGGUCUGGUCACUCAUUUCGGAGGAAUACGUUACCUCUCGACUCCUGGCAUAGUGUCUACAUCGGUACCUCCUAUUACCGGCAUCAUGUCUUGCUCUGUCGAGCUGUUUUUCACCUACCGCGUUAAGGCCAUCAGCCAUUUGACAUGGCUUCCCAUACUCAUCGGUAUCCUCGCGGUCAUCUCGAUGUUAUCUUCAAUCGCUUCAGUCAUUGCCAUCCGUUGGCCGGCAUUUGGAGGGCUCGAGACUCUUCAACUGCCUGCAGUCAAAGCGCUAGUCUCGACUUGGCUAGCAACCGGCGUGGUAGCGGAUCUUCUGAUCACCAUCUCGCUCGUAUGGCAUCUUCACCGCAGGAAGUCUGGCUUCUCCGAAACCGACUCCCUCGUCAACCGAAUCAUCCUAUUUACGGUCCAAACAGGCGUCCUCACCACUACAUGGGCUAUUAUCGAUUUAGCUCUCUACCUCGCUUCCACUCGUGAUACUCACCUUUUCUUCAAUUUCUCGCUCGCUAAGCUCUACACGAUCCUCCUUAUGUCGAGCCUCAACCACCGCGGCACGUGGGAGCCCGCGCCCUCGAAGACGUCUGGCGUGCUCUCGUGGAAAGUCGAGAGUAGGCCCACCACAGAGAGGAUGUCCACGAAUGACUACUUCGUCUGA